AUGGUCGAGCAGGCCAAUGGGAUGACUAAAUGCUCUCAAACAGUGUACACAGGUAAGGCGGAUGCGACGAGUGUAUGCUGGAGUUCCUGCCAUUCCGACAGAUUUUCAAGUGACCGACCCGGCCGAUGUGGGAUGCGAAGGUGCAAUUGUGAAAAAGUAUGACGGAUGUGUAAGCACUGAGUUUGUAAUGAUUUUGGGGCUGGUAGUGAUGUGGUGGAGAAGUUUCGCUUGCAAGAUAAGGGUUCAGAAGAAUAAAACGAUGAAGAAGAAGAAGAAGAAGAAGAUGAUGAUGAUGAUGAUGAUGAUGGUGGUGGUGGUGGUGAUGAUGAUGAUGACGACGACGACGACGAUGAUGAUGAUGAUGACGAUGAUGAUGAUGAUGAUGAUGAUGAUGAUGAUGAUGAGAUUGCUGGAACAAGAAGUUUAUUUGGCUGA